AUGAUGAGACAGACUCCUGCCCCCAGGAAGACUACGGCCAGAAGGCCCAAGCCCAGCCGCCCUGCGGGAACCGGGGCCUCCAAGGCGGGGCCCUCUGGGUCUGUGUCUGCCUCGGCUGGAGAGAUGAGCAGUAGCGAGCCUUCCACCCCGGCGCAGACCCCUCUGGGGACCCCCAUCAUCCCUGGGGGCCUCCUCUCCCCUUCAGCCCCCCCACCUCCACUCCCCAGCAAGGAGGAGGAGUCUCUGCGAGGUCAGGUGAAGGAUCUGGAGGAGAAGUUAGAGACUCUGAGGAUGAAGAGGACAGAGGACAAGGUCAAGCUGAAGGAGCUGGAGAAACAUAAGAUCCAGCUGGAGCAGCUCCAGGAAUGGAAGAACAAGAUGCAAGAGCAGCAGAACGACCUGACAAAACAACUCAAAGAGGCCAAGAAGGAGGCGAAGGAGGCCCAGGAGGCGAAGGAGCACUACAUGGAGGAGAUGGCGGACACGGCUGACGCUAUAGAGAUGGCCACGCUGGACAAGGAGAUGGCUGAAGAGCGGGCAGAGUCCCUGCAGCAGGAGGUGGAGUCACUGAAGGAGAAACUAGAAGAGCUCGCCAUGGACCUGGAGAUCCUCAAACACGAGAUAGAGGAGAAAGGUUCAGACGGUGCUGCUUCCAGUUACCAUGUCAAACAGCUGGAGGAGCAGAACGGCAGGUUGAAGGAAGCUCUCGUCAGGAUGCGUGACUUGUCUGUGUCGGAGAAGCAGGAACAUGUGAAGCUCCAGAAGCAGACCGAGAGGAAGAGUACAGAGCUGGACACCCUGAGGACUCAGAGAGAGAAACUCCAGGAGGAGAUGAAACUGGCCGAGAGGACCAUCGAUGAACUCAAAGAACAGGUGGAUGGGGCUUUAGGAGCUGAGGAGAUGGUGGAGACUCUGACAGAGAGGAAUCUAGACCUGGAGGAGAAAGUCAGAGAGCUGAGAGAGACCGUCGUUGAUCUGGAAGCCAUCAAUGAAAUGAACGACGAGCUGCAGGAGAACGCCAGAGAGACGGAGCUGGAGCUCAGAGAGAUGCUGGAUCUGGGCGGAGGCAGGGUCAGGGAGGCGGAGAAACGAGUGGAGGCUGCUCAGGAGACCGUAGCUGACUAUCAACAGACCAUCAAGAAGUACCGCGAGCUGACCGCUCACCUGCAGGAGGUGAACAGAGAGCUGACCAGCCAACAGGAAGCCACAGCUGAGCAACAGCAACAACCUCCAGCUGAGAUGUUUGACUUCAAGAUCAAGUUUGCUGAGACUAAGGCCUAUGCCAAGGCCAUAGAAAUGGAGCUGAGGAAGAUGGAAGUGGGCCAGGCUAACAGACAGGUGUCUCUCCUCACAUCCUUCAUGCCCGACUCCUUCCUACGUCAUGGAGGAGACCACGACUGUAUUCUGGUGCUUCUGCUCAUACCAAGACUCAUCUUCAAGGCGGAGCUGAUCAGCAAGCAGGCCCAGGAGAAGUUUGAUCUGAGUGACAACUGUGUGGAGAGGAGCGGCAUGAGAGGAGCGGCUGGGGAACAGCUGAGCUUUGCUGCUGGACUCGUCUACUCUCUCAGUCUACUACAGGCUACACUACAUAAAUAUGAGCAAGCGCUGAACCAAUGCAGCGUGGAGGUAUAUCAGAAGAUCGGGACGCUGUACCCGGAGAUGGGCGUGCACGAACGUUCCCUGGACUUCCUGAUUGACCUGCUGCACAAAGACCAGCUGGAUGAGACGGUGAAUGUGGCGCCACUCACCAAGGCCAUCAAAUACUACCAGCACCUGUACAGUAUCCACCUGGCAGAGCAGACAGAAGACUGCACCAUGCACCUGGCUGAUCACAUCAGGUUUACCCAGAGUGCGUUGGACUGUAUGUGUGUGGAGGUUGGUCGUUUGCGUGCGUUCCUACACACAGGGCAGGAGAAGACGGACCUGGCCGUGCUGCUGAAGGAUCUAGAGACUUCCUGUUCUGACAUCAGACAGUUCUGUAAGAAGAUCCGCCGACGCAUGCCUGGUACGGACGUACCUGGGAUACCUGCUGCACUCACCUUCCUACAGCAGGUGGCAGAUAUUCUGCUGGACUGCAGGAAGCACCUGACCUGGGUGGUGGCCGUGCUGCAGGAGGUGGCGGCUGCAGGGGCGCAGAUGGUUGCCCAUCUAGGGGAGCAGGAGGGACUCUCCGCGCUCAAACUAGAGGACGUGGCCUUUAAGGCUGGAGAGCAGAUCUAUGGAACUCAAGGUUCUAACCCCUAUGGGUGCCUGCGCCAGUCCUGCUGCAUCGUCAUAGCAACCAUGAACAAGAUGGCCACCGCCAUGCAGGAAGGAGAGUACGACGCAGAUAGACCCCAGAUCAUGACACUUCCUCCGGUGGAGCUGCGUGCCACAGCCCUCAGAGCGGAGAUCACCGACGCAGAAGGACUGGGCAUGAAGCUGGAGGACAGAGAGACAGUCAUCAAGGAGCUCAAGAAGUCACUCAAGUUCAAGGGAGAGGAGCUGAGUGAGGCUAGUGUCCGGCUCAGUCUGUUGGAGAAGAAACUAGACAGUUCAUCUAGAGACGCAGACGAGCGCGUAGAGAAGAUCCAGACUCAACUAGACGAGACUCAGACUCUGCUCAAGAAGAAGGAGAAGGAGUUUGAGGAGACCAUGGACGCGCUGCAGGCCGAUAUCGACCAAUUGGAGUCGGAGAAGGCGGAUCUGAAGCAGCGUCUGAACAGCCAAUCAAAGAUGACCAUGGACGGGCUGAGAGGAGCGCCAGCGUCAGGCAUCGCCUCCGUUGUCACGGGGAUGACAGGAGGUUAG